GAAAGUGAAAGAGUUUCAGUUUCCUCGAUACUGUGAAUCAUCGUUUUCUGUAGGCUACGUAGUUUAUGCCUCUGCUGGAUCCGGACUGUACAGUCCCCUGCGAGCAGCGUUGUUGUUUAUGUGAGCUGCAAUGGCUUCUGAGGAGGAUGAUGUAUAUUUGAAUCUUAUUGAUUACUGUAGGCCGAGGCUGCGAGAGCGGAUUGUGGUGGAGCGGGUUCUGGAUUAUGUGCUUUUUAUCGAAACCGAGCAAAAGGAGCUGAUCAGACAGAAGGCGAGGACCGAUGGCAAUUUAGCGGCCACAGAUCUCCUUAUAUCCGCUGUCAUAAAGAAGCCACACGAGCCUGGCUGGUUCAGGGCAUUUGUUGAAGCCUUGGAAAAUUCAGGAUGUGAAGCUGCUGCGGAAUACAUUCAGGUCAAUCCCCCCAGACCUGAGGUGGAGGCAGAGAAUGAUUACUGUGUCAAGCUUGUUGAAUUACUCUCCCCCCGUCUUCUGGACAUGAAUACUGUAGAUGUGUGUAUCCACUGUUCCUCUGAGGGCCUGCUCACCCAGGAUGACUCAGAGAUUGUGACAGCUACAACAACAAACCAAGGUAACAGGAGUGGAGCUCGUGAACUCCUGAGAUGUAUCGUAAGAGGUCAACAUGGAUGGUUUUCUAAAUUUCUCAGAGUUCUGCGUGAGACUGGACACCAGAACCUGUAUUUUGAGCUGACUGGAUCAACUGACUGUGACACAAAAGAUGAGAUGGCAUGUCUUCCCCUGAAAGAUGAACCUACAGGAAGUGAAGCUCCAGCAGCAGCUGGAGGUGGCGAUAGCCCCAAGUUUAUGGAGAUCAGCGUCAAGGAGGAGCCUCAGGAUGAAGCAGACCUGUACGCAGGAGCGAGCACUAAAUCCAAACAACGGGAAAGCAGCCUGGAGCGCCCACGACCAGAUCUAGUAGCAGCGGCCAGAAGCCCAGGACAAGAUAUUGUUCUUCGAGAUUAUCAGAUGGAGGUCGCUAGACCCGCCUUGGAGGGGAAAAACAUCAUCAUAUGCCUCCCAACAGGAAGUGGUAAAACCAGGGUUGCAGUUUAUAUUACCAAACACCAUCUGGACAGCAGGAGGGCAGAGGGGCGUUCAGGGAAAGUGGUCAUCCUGGUGAACAAGGUCCCUCUUGUCGAGCAGCAUUUUUCUGCUGAGUUCUGUCCGUUUUUGAAGCCCUCCUACAAAGUGGAGAGAGUCAGCGGAGACAGCCAGCUGAAAAUCUCUUUCACAGAGAUCGUGAAGAAUAAUGAUGUCAUCAUUUGCACAGCCCAGAUCCUUGAAAAUUACUUGGAGAGGUCCAUCACAGGAGAGGAUGACGGGGUGAACUUGAGCGAUCUGUCACUGAUCGUAAUAGAUGAGUGCCACCACACUCAGAAAGGAGGAGUCUACAACCACAUAAUGAUGCGCUACCUGAAGCAGAAGCACAAAAACAAGAGGCUGAAGAAAGAGCAGAAGGAGCCCGUGCCCAUCCCUCAGAUCCUGGGCCUGACCGCGUCACCAGGGGUCGGGGGAGCCACGAAAAUGGCGAAAGCUGAGGAGCACAUACUGCGCAUUUGUGCAAACUUGGAUGCUGUCAAAAUCAUGACAAGGAGCCUUGGGGAAUACAAAAAGGAACCAAGGAAAAUCAUUGAAAGCAUUGAAGACAGAAAAGAGGAUCCCUUUGGUAAUGUAAUCAAGAACAUCAUGAAUGCCAUUCAUGCCCAUGCUGAGCUGAGCCCCACCUCUGAACCUGGCUCUCAGAAUUACGAACAGUGGGUUGUUCAAAAAGAACGAAUAGCUGCAACAGAGGAAAAUCAGAAAGUGCGGGCUUGCACAGAGCACCUUCGACAGUACAACGAGGGCCUGAAUCUCUGCAACACUAUUCGCAUGCGUGAUGCCUUCAGUUUCCUGAACGAAUACCACCAGGAGCAGAUAAAGCAAAAAACAACACCAGACGAUGAGGAGACCAUUCAGAUCACAGAUACUGAGAGAUUCCUCUUCAAUUUGUUCAAAGAGAACAAGGAAGAGCUGCAGAGGCUCGCGGAGCAUCCAGAGUUUGAAAAUGACAGCCUGACAAAACUAAAAAGUAAAAUUCUGUACGAGUUCAGCAGCAGGGAGGCGGCCAGAGGGAUCAUUUUCACCAAAACACGUCGCAGCGCCAUUGCUCUAAGUCAGUGGAUUCAGGAAAACCCCAAGUUUGCUGACAUUGGAGUGAAAGCCUCACAUGUGAUCGGAGGAGGAGACCAGAGUGUUGUUAAACCAAUGACGGCUGCAGAGCAAAGGGAGGUGCUGAGCAAAUUCCACAGUGGUAGAGUCAACUUGCUGAUUGCUACCACAGUGGCAGAGGAAGGUCUGGACAUAGCAGCCUGCAAUUUUGUUAUCCGAUAUGGGCUUGUGACCAAUGAGAUUGCUAUGAUUCAGGCUCGAGGCAGAGCAAGAGCUGAGGACAGCAGUUACUCUCUGGUCGAGGUGAAGAACUCUGGGGUGGCUGAGAAGGAGUGUGUCAAUGAGUACCGCAUUGACAUGAUGAACAAAGCCAUUGAGAAAAUCAGAGCCUUAGAUCAAGCAGACUAUGACAAACGGAUCACAGACUUUCAGAUGGAGGCUAUACUGGUGGAAAAGAUGACAGUGAAGAAGAAGAAGGAGAAAAAAAUGCAGGAUGCAAAGGGUGAAGUGAAGUUUACCUGCCGAAGCUGCAGCAAACACGUCUGCACUGGCGACGACAUCCAGAUGAUUGAAAACAUGCACAGAGUCAACGUCACACCAGAGUUCAGUAAACUUUUCAUUCGGAGGGAAAAUACUAAUCUUCAAGAGCGACUUCUGGAUUAUGAGACCAAUUACUACAUAGCAUGCAAAGACUGCGGGCAGAGAUGGGGUUCCAUGAUGCUCUACAAAGGCAUCGAUUGCCCCUGCCUCCACGUGAAAUAUUUUGUGGUGACGUUCAACGGAAAGAAGAUGGGCAAAUGCACCAAGUGGAAUGAGCUUCCCAUCAAGUUCCCUGCCUUUGACUACACUGAACACGCCAGCCGGGUGGUUGAGAGCUCAGAUGAGGAUGACGCUGAAUGAAUCACCACUGUGUCGACUCACUGAUACUCACAAAAAUAUUGAUUUCUGUUGCAUUUCUGCCUUUGGCUUCCACGGCGUACAUUACAGUUCUUUUAACACUGGUAAAUGGAAGUGCUACGGUGCAACAAUAACUGGAGUCACUGCUGGUGGUGGAUUUAAGUGUGUGUUGCAAAGCAUGUGCAAUAUUUUUUAUAAAGUAUAAGGUUGUCAAAAAUAUUAAUUUCCAUUGGGCUUGUUGGUGUAUCAGAUACUAUAUGUUGAAUUUACUGCAGAAACGAUCAUGAGAUAUGAGUGUGCAUCACUGAUACAAAAUGAACUGGGGGGAAAUGAUUUUUCUUUCAAGCUCCUGUGGUCUCAUGAGAUUGGAGCCACUGAGCCUGUGAUAGCCCCUCAGAGCCCACCUGUCAACACACAUGCAGACAAAACAGGUGCUGGUGAUUUUCCAUUAAAUCAAACUGUUGAGACAGUCACAGCUGCUAUUUUUAGAACUAUUUGUUAAGAAUUGUUCCGCAUAGACACACCUGAGUGCCUGUGGCGUACGCAAACACGCAACUUGUAUGGAUCCUUGGAUGAUAAAAAUGUGUCACCUAUCUGGCUUCUAAUACUUUUAUUUUUCCAUUUAUGUUCUGAACAAUUAAUAACAUUCAAAUAAAAUUAUCCCUUAAUAAUGA